AUGGACGCCCAAGCCUACCUAAUCCGCCACGGCUGGUCCGGUCCAGGAAACCCCCUCCAACCAAACACACGACCAGGCCCCCACGGCGGGCUCGGCCUAACACGACCAAUCCUAGUAGCGCGCAAAGCGAACAACCACGGCGUGGGCAAGAAAACAACCAAAGAUCCAACGAACCAAUGGUGGCUACGUGGCUUCGAAGACGCGCUCAAGGGCGUCGGGGAUGAGAGUCACGAGGGCGUUUCUGCGCGCGCGGGCAAUGCGCUUACUAGUGAACUUUAUCGGAAUUUUGUUAGGGGGGAUGGGUUAGCUGGGACGCUUGAUUCUAAGGACCAGCAGAAGGGAGCUGGGGAGAAGAGGAAGAGGGAGAAUGAUGAGCCCAAGGCCAAAGAGACGAAGGAGGAGAGGAAGGAGAAGAGGAGUGUUGAACGGGCUGCUAGGAAAGCGAGGAAGGAGAAGAGGGCCGUUGAGCGGGCUGCUAGGAGGAGUGAGAAGGAGAAGAAGAAGGCUGCUAAGAAGGCUAAGAAGGAUGGGGCUGGGGAGGAUUAUCCUACGCCUAUGUCUAUUGAUUCGGGAGCUGGAUCUGGAUCUGGAUCUGAGAACGCCGAGGCAGAGAUGGCGAUAAAGGAGAAGAAGGAAAAGAAGUCGAAGAGUGACGACGACUCGAAAAAGUCCAAAAAGGACAAAAAGGAGAAAAACGAGUCGGAGUCCAAGGCAUGA